AUGCAAAAAUUUAGAUUUGAGAAUAAACCUUCAAAGCAAUUUCCAUUAGAUAAUAAAGUUUGGAAAUUACAAGAGCACCCUUGUAUAAUUGAUGAACCAUAACUUACCGAGGAAUCAGAAUUAGGUUAUCAAAUUGAAGUCAUAAGAAUUUUCAAGUAGAUUUAAUUAUUUUAAAUUAGUGAUUCAAGAUGUCAACAAUAUACAAACAGCAUGAUUUUAAAUAAUUAUACUGUCCAUUCUGUUUCAUAAGCCUUUGACAAUUAAAUAGAUUCAGAACUUGUACUAUCCAAAUAAAUUUUAGUAUUCAGAAAAUAUUAAUAAUAAAUGGGAUCAAUAUCAAUACAAGUAAGUUCCUUGA